UUCCGUCUGCUUUAGCCAGCAAACCCUGAAACGCGAAUUACAGGACAUAGGGCUGUCGAUACCGUGACUCGACAGUAUAGCUUCAAGACUUUCGCACAGCAUCGGUCUGUAGGCGGUGGUCGUUGUGGUUUUGAACUUCAGUUUUUAAACUCGCAAGAAAUACAGUCCUCGUUGUUAUCGACGAAGUUUGAUACACACGAGGAGCGGUUUGCUGACACUGAGGGUGGACAGAGAAGGAUUAUUGAUGUCCAGCUCGCCGCUGUCCAAGAAGCGUCGCUUGUCAGGAUCAGAGACGAAGACGGGAUCCCACUGCUCCUCCUCUAACUCUGUCAGAACUGAACCUUCCUACACACCCUCUAACGGCAUGGCUAAGAAUGGCAGUGAUGCUGAGAUCGAUGAAGGCCUGUACUCCCGACAGCUGUACGUGUUGGGCCAUGAGGCCAUGAAACGCAUGCAGACCUCCAAUGUCCUGAUCUCAGGAAUGCGUGGCCUUGGUGUUGAGAUCGCCAAGAAUGUCAUCCUGGCCGGAGUCAAGAGCGUCACCCUGCACGACCAAGGGGUGGCCGAGUGGCGCGACCUCUCCUCUCAGUUCUACCUGCGUGAAGAGGACCUGGGGAAGAACCGCGCUGACGUCAGCCAGCUCAGGCUAGCCGAGCUCAACAGCUAUGUGCCUGUGGCCGCUUACACCGGAACCCUCACCAACGACUAUCUCACCCAGUUCCAGUCGGUUGUGCUGACCAACUCCAGUAUGGAGGAGCAGCUGCGCGUUGGGGACUUCUGCCACAGCAAGGGCAUCAAGCUGAUCGUAGCGGACACGCGUGGCCUGUUCGGGCAGCUGUUCUGUGAUUUUGGGGAGGAGAUGGUGGUUUUUGACCCCAAUGGAGAAGAGCCCCUCAGCGCCAUGAUCUCUAUGAUCACCAAGGACUCUGCUGGUGUGGUAACUUGUCUCGAUGAGGCUCGUCACGGGUUUGAGAGUGGUGAUCAUGUUACCUUCACAGAAGUCCAGGGCAUGACGGAUCUCAACGGUUGCCAGCCAAUAGAAAUCAAAUCCCUUGGUCCCUACACAUUCAGCAUCUGUGACACAACCUCCUUCAGCGACUACGUACGUGGUGGCAUUGUCUCCCAGGUCAAGAUGCCCAAGAAGGUUUCCUUUAAAUCGCUGUCGUCCGCCUUGGCCGAGCCAGAGUUCAUGCUGACCGACUUUGCCAAGUUUGACCGUCCAGGGCAGCUGCACGUGGGCUUCCAAGCUCUGCACGCUUUCGAGAAGAAACACAGCCGGCUACCCAAGCCCUGGAACCAGGCGGACGCAGACGAGCUGGUGGCUCUGGCUGGAGAGGUGAACGGCGCUCAGACUGGCUCUGCCAAGCAGGAGCAGCUUGACGAGGCGCUCCUGAAGAAGCUGGCCUCAGUGUCCGCCGGAGACCUGGCCCCCGUCAACGCCUUCAUCGGUGGGCUGGCUGCCCAGGAAGUCAUGAAGGCCUGCACUGGGAAGUUCAUGCCAGUCAUGCAGUGGCUGUACUAUGAUGCUCUGGAGUGCCUGCCCGAGGCCGAGGGAGCCACACCCACUGAGGAGGAGUGUGCACCUAGGAAUUGCCGGUAUGAUGGACAGGUUGCUGUAUUUGGAACCAAACUUCAGGAGUUGCUCUCCAAGCAGCGCUACUUCCUGGUUGGAGCUGGAGCCAUUGGCUGUGAACUGCUAAAGAACUUUGCCAUGAUGGGCCUGGCUAGUGGGGAGGGUGAGAUCAUCGUCACUGACAUGGACACCAUCGAGAAGUCCAACCUGAACCGCCAGUUCCUCUUCAGACCCUGGGAUGUCACGAAGAUGAAGAGCGAGACGGCCGCAGCUGCUGUGAAGCAGAUGAACCCGUCUGUCCGUAUCACCGGCCACCAGAACCGGGUCGGACCUGACACAGAGAGAGUCUACGAUGACGACUUCUUUGAGAGCCUCGACGGUGUGGCCAACGCUUUGGACAACGUUGAUGCCCGUAUGUACAUGGACCGCAGGUGUGUGUACUACCGUAAGCCUCUGCUGGAGUCAGGCACUCUGGGCACCAAAGGGAACGUACAGGUGGUCAUCCCCUUCAUCACAGAAUCCUACAGCUCCAGCCAGGACCCACCAGAGAAGUCGAUCCCCAUCUGCACACUCAAGAACUUUCCCAACGCCAUCGAACACACACUGCAGUGGGCCCGUGAUGAGUUUGAGGGACUCUUCAAACAGCCGGCAGAGAACGCCAUGCAGUACUUGACAGACCCCAAGUUCAUGGAGCGCACUCUGAAGCUGCCCGGUGCCCAGCCUCUGGAGGUCCUGGAGGCCGUCUACAAAAGCCUGGUGACGGACUGCCCUCGCAACUGGCAGGACUGCAUUACCUGGGCACGCAACCACUGGCAGUGCCAGUACAACAACAACAUCCGCCAGCUGCUGCACAACUUCCCACCUGACCAGCUCACCAGCUCAGGUGCUCCAUUCUGGUCUGGUCCAAAGAGGUGUCCUCACCCACUAGAGUUUGACACCAACAACGAUCUGCACAUGGACUACGUCAUGGCUGGAGCCAACCUGCUUGCCCAGUCCUACGGCAUGCCCGUCUCCAGAGACCGCGCCAACGUCGCCCGGUUGUUGCAGGAUAUCAAAGUGCCCACGUUCACACCCAAGUCUGGGGUCAAAAUCCACGUCUCGGACCAGGAGCUCCAGAGCUCACACGCCUCAGUGGGGUUCUCCUCAGAUGAUUCCAGGUUAGAGGAGCUGAAGACCCUGCUGCCUGCCGCUGAGUCUGCGUCCCAGUUCAAACUCUGUCCCAUCGAGUUUGAGAAGGAUGAUGACGACAACUUCCACAUGGACUUCAUUGUAGCAGCGUCUAACUCAAGGGCAGAGAACUAUGACAUUCCUCCUGCUGACAGACACAAGAGCAAGCUCAUCGCUGGAAAGAUCAUUCCAGCCAUUGCCACGACAACAGCAGCCGUGGUGGGCCUGGUGUGUCUGGAGCUGCUGAAGGUGGUCCAGAAGCACAAGAACCUAGAGGCCUACAAGAACGGCUUCAUGAACCUCGCCCUGCCCUUCUUCGCCUUCUCCGAGCCCAUCGCAGCACCCAAACACAAGUAUUACGAGAUUGACUGGACGCUGUGGGACCGCUUUGAGGUCAAAGGUCUGCAACCCAGUGGGGAGGAGAUGACCCUCAGAGAGUUCCUCGCCUACUUUAAGGAUGAACACAAGCUAGAGAUCACCAUGCUGUCCCAGGGGGUCUCGAUGCUCUACUCAUUCUUCAUGCCUGCUGCCAAGCUCAAAGAGAGGCUGGACCUUCCCAUGACUGAGAUUGUGACCAAGGUGUCCAAGAAGAAGCUGGGCAAGCAUGUGAAGGCACUGGUGUUCGAGCUCUGCUGCAAUGACGAGACGGACGAGGACGUGGAGGUGCCCUACGUCAGAUACACCAUUCGCUGAGCGGCCCUGGCGGAGACAGGACGGGUGGGCGGGGGGGUGGGGGGGGUCAGUGGAGCUCGGGGAAUUCACAAGACAAAGAGAACCAAUCAGAGCAUGGAUAUAGCUGGGAGAGCCCAAACAACAAUUUUCGGGGGAGGGUGGGAAGGGAGGGGGUGCCAUUAUAGUUUGAGGGUUAGUCUCCCUUUUUUUCUUCACUGAGGGAAAAAAAAACAUUAUCGGUUAUUGUUCUAAUAACGAGGUUUUCCCCCUCCCCCACAACCCCCCCCUUUGAGCACCACUCUCCACCCCUUGUUACUCAUUAAAUUGGGGGGCACAGAGGUUUUUAUAAAUGCAUCAACUUGGUUGGCUGGUAAGGGGGUCACAGGGUUUGAGUGAGUUCAGGGUUUUGUGGGAUCGGGGGAGGGCAGCAUGUAAUUUUUUUGAAUCUUUGACAGUAGCUGUUGUUUAAACUCUGGUCAUAUUAACGCAAUGCUUUAUAUGUACGACUCUCCCGGUUGGCUCGUCGGCACUCCUGUUCUGCGCAGUUUCCCUCUGAAAGGCUCCUGUCUUGUUAAAAAAAAAAAGAAAGAAAGAAAGAAAAUGUACAAAAUGAAAGCGGUUUCUGUUCUCCUCCACGCCUCUCUAUCUAAGCGCUCCCCCACCAUCUCCAGAUGAAUUUUUUCAGGCUCCCUCUUCCCUUGCAUUCUAAACAGAGCCCCUGAGAGCUUCAUAACGUGCAGUUAGCCAUCGACUGAUGCCAAAAAAGAAAAUGAUGCACUGGAGAAGAAGAAAGAUACAAAAUUGAAAUGUAUGAGAAUUUCUUGAAGAAAAAAAAUAAAUACUUUUUUUGCCCAAAGUCACUGCCUUUAUUUGUCUUAUCUGGACCAGAUUGGGUAUCUUGAAAGUACUCCCCCAAACCCCAACCCAUCCCAACGACACACACCUCCUCCCCCCUCUCUGGUCAGAUGAAGACCCCCUUCUUGCCCCCCCGAGGGGUAACUUAAAGGUGCAGCAUCCAGAGGCAGUGCAGAGUGACCUGGUCUCUUCAUCUCACCCCUCCGCUCUGGUCUGGCCACCCAGUCUGAACUCCCCUUGGCCUCGCUGCCUUCUCUUGGGCUCAGAGCUGGGCAGGAACUUGCACAUGACAUUUUCUCUCCUUUUCCUCCACUAUUUUGUUCUUGUUUUUGUUAUUUUAUGUUCAAUUUCUAUUUGAUUUUUUUUUUUUUUUUGUCUUUAUGGGAGGGGAGGGGGGUUCGGAGUUCUGGCGCGCACACAAACACACACAUGCAUACAUACACACACAUACACACACCUUGUAGAACAAACUCUGUAUUCUUUCUAUUUUGUUAAAACUCAAAACAGUACAGUACAAAAAUUAAGGUGGUGACUUUACUCUGUAAUGGGAGCACUUAGUGUGAUAGUGAAUAAAGUUGUUAAAAGAA